AUGGGCCAGUGGAACACUGGGCUUGUCAACGCCCAUGUCGACUGCGAGGAGCUCUGCGGCUUGAAGGCCAAGCAGGUCUUCAAGAUGAUCGCCGCGCACGGCCCCGAGGACAAGUACUACGUCAGCCGGGAGGCCUGGGGCCUCUUCUGGGAGGCCGAGCUCGGGGGCUCCGAGGAGUACCAGGAG